UUCUCACUGGCCACCCUCUUCGUCAUCAUCAGAAGCUACACAGAGAGUCAUUUCUCUUAUAAAUCAACAUGGCUUAGCGUUCAUCAUCUGCCACAACCUUCUUCGCAAUCUCCAAUAGUCAUGGCCACCAUCACUGACAUCCAAUACUACGUCGUUCUCUUCUUCCUCUGGCUUUUCUCAACACUUCUCCUCCAAUAUGCAUUCAGAAGAUCCACAAAAGGAGCAACCCAUCUCCGCCUCCCUCCUAGUCCACCGUCUCUUCCGGUCGUUGGUCACAUCCACCUCCUCUCCAAAGACAUACACAUAUGUUUUCAAAACCUCGCCCGCAAAUAUGGCCCUCUCUUGUACCUCCGAUUUGGAUCCUUCAAGUGCCUCCUCAUCUCCUCUGCCUCCGUCGCCACCGAAGUCUUUAAGUCCAACGACGUGGCUUUCUCUUCUAAGCCGUUCUCUGUUUUGGGUGAUCGAUUGAUAUUCGGGAACACGGGGUUUGUUAUUUCUCAGUACGGAGAUUACUGGAGGUACAUGAAGAAAUUGACGGUGACGGAGCUUCUCGGAGCGAGACAGCUGGAGAGGUCACGCAAGGUGAGGCAGGAGGAGCUGCAUCGGUAUUUGCAGAGAGUGUUUGAAAAAGCGGGUGUAGAAGAGGUGUUCGAUGUUGGGUCUGAGUUAAUGAAGCUGACGAAUAAUACUAUUUGUAGGAUGGUUUUGAGUACCAGAUGUUCGGAGGAAGAUAACGAGGCGGAGGAAGUGAAGGAGCUUGUUGAAGGGUCCUUUGAUUUGGCUAUGAAGAUGACCAUGGUGGCCAUGUCAGGUCCCUUAAAGAAAGUUGUUGGCAAGUAUUAUGAGAAGGAAGAUAAGGAUAUAAACAGAAGGUGUGAUGAGUUGUUGGAGAGGAUGUGGAAGGAGCACGAAGAGAGAGCAAAGCGAGAAGGGGUUGAUAGGGAAGACAAGGAUUUCAUGGAUAUUUUAUUGGAAGCUUAUUAUAAUGACAAAGCAGAGUUUAAGAUUACCAGGAACCAAGUCAAAGCCUUCAUUCUGGACAUUUUCAUUGCAGGAACGAGCACAUCUGCAGAUACUAUGCAAUGGGUAAUGGCAAAUCUGAUCAACCAUCCGGAUGUUCUCAAGAAAGUGAGACAAGAAAUUGAAUCAGUUGUGGGAAACAGCAAAAGACUGGUUGAAGAAUCAGAUCUUCCUAACUUUCCUUACUUGCAAGCUGUUGUGAAGGAAACUCUGAGGCUAUACCCACCAGGGCCUGUAUUGCCAAGAAGAACCAACGAGGACAGCAAAGUUUCAGGCUUUGAUAUACCAAAAGAUCUAAUUGUGGCCUUCAACGUUUACGCCAUAAUGAGAGACCCUGAAGCUUGGGAUAAACCUAAUGAGUUCAUCCCUGAAAGGUUCUUGUCUUCCACCAAAGAACAAAAUACCCAACUCGUCAAUUUCAUGGCAUUCGGUGCAGGAAGAAGACUCUGUCCUGGUUCAACCUUAGCACUCACCUUGAUGAACACUGCUAUAGCAAACAUGGUUCAAUGCUUCGACUGGAAGGUCGGUAUAGACGGCGAUAUAGUGAAUAUGAAAGCAGGAACAGGCUUCACCUUGGCACUUGCCGAGCCCCUUAUGUGCCGCCCGGUCGUUCGUUUCAAUCCAUUUGCCGGUUAAGCAGAAAACUAAAGAUGUCUGAAGGUUUAAUGAACCAAAAUUAGGCUUUCACUCUCCAUAAUAAUAUAUCCUUUGUAGGGGCAGUGGUGUUUCUAGUCAUGUUCUGUUAUGUUACUGUGUUUUUCUUUGGCAUGUUCAUACGAACUACAAGAAAAUAACAAUGUGUUUAUUAAAUUUUCUUUAAUUUGGAUGAAAUUUUUUAAAUUUUAA